AUGAAAAGCUAUAAAUUUAGUUCAGCAGAGAGAUUUGGACUAACUAACUAGACUACUAGUAGUUUGAUAAAAAUAAUUAGUCUGAUAAAUGAUAAAUUAAUCACUUUUGAAUUUUAAUAAGAUUAUUUCUAUCCAUUAUAUUAAGAUUUUAUAUAAAAAAUAAGAAUAUAAAAUUAAGUGUUUUCAUCCUAUUUCUUUAUUUUCUUUAAAUAUCUUUAAAAGGAAUUUUUUUAAUAAUCAAUUUUAAUCACUUCGCCUUACAGAUUAUAUAUAGUGUAUGCAUACAUACUAUAGUAACUAAACAAAAAAUUUUUACUAUUAUUUGAGUUACUAGUCUCAUCUAAGAAAUGUGCACAUCAAAGAUAAGUGGUUUAUAUAAAGCAAAGUAUAAAAAAUAUAUUAUUCUAUCAAGGUAAAAAGAUGUGGAAAAUUAAAUUGAAAAAGCAGCAAAAUUGUGAACAGAAGUUGUUUUUAGGAUUAAUUACUUUAUUUUUAUAGAAUGAUUGGAAAAAAUUGAGAUGCGUAUGCACUAAAUAAAUAAAUAAGAUGUAAUAAUAACAGAAGCACUUACAAAUUAAUAAAGGAAGAUAUUUAUACCAUUAAAAUUGCUAUGAUAAAUAAAUAUGCCACUAAAAAUGA